UGCCGUUUUGUUCGUCUCAUUUACACAACCCACCACAUGUUUGACAAAUUGCUCCACAGAGACAUUUCCCAACUCAACUCACUCAUCACCUCGUAUGUUCGAAGAGGUGACCCUGUCUCCGCGUUGACCCUCUUCCGCUGUGUGCGUCGCGUGCGCUCCGAUGUUGAUGCUUACACCUUCACCCCUGUCUUGCGUGCGUGUUCUUUGUUGGUUGUGUCUGAGCUUGGGGUACAAGUCCAUGCUCACAUGAUCAAAACCGGUGCAGAUUCCGGUACCGUUGCGAAAACCUCACUGAUGGAUAUGUAUUCGAGAUGUGGGUCUUUGGGUGAAUCCGUAAGGGUGUUUGAAGAAAUGGGUUAUAAGGAUGUUGUUGCUUGGAAUGCUUUGCUUUCUUGUUUUUUGCGGCAUGAUCUUCCUGUUAAUGCAAUUUGUGUUCUUAGAGCAAUGGGGAGGGAGAAGGUUGAGCUCAGCGAGUUCACGUUGUGUUCAGUGUUGAAAUCUUGUGCUUCUUUGAAGGCCUUGGAACUUGGUAGGCAAGUUCAUGGCUUGGUGGUGUGUAUGGGGCGUGACUUGGUUGUUUUGAGCACUGCUCUUAUUGAUUUUUACUCCAGUAUUGGGUGUAUUGAUGAUGCUUUGAAAGUAUUUUUUAAUUUGAAGGGUUGGAAAGAUGAUAUGAUGCAUAACUCGUUGGUUUCUGGGUGCAUCAGGAAUAGGAGAUAUGAUGAGGCAUUUAAAGUUAUGAGCUUGGUGAAGCCCAAUGCUGUUGCACUCACUAGUGCUCUGGUUGGUUGCUCUGAGAAUUCGGAUUUGUGGGUAGGGAAACAGAUACAUUGUGUUGCAAUUCGUCACGGUUUUACUUUUGAGACCCAACUGUGCAAUGCCCUGUUGAACAUGUAUGCAAAAUGUGGGAAUAUUUUGCAUGCCCGGUUGUUGUUUGAUGGAAUUUGUCAUAAGAAUGUGAUUUCCUGGUCUUGUAUGAUUGAUGCAUAUGGAAGAAAUGGAUAUGGACAUGAAGCUGUUGAGGUGUUUCAGAAGAUGAGUGAGGAUGGGAGUCAGGUUUUGCCAAAUUCUGUGACAUUUUUGUCUGUUUUAACAGCUUGUGCUCACGCUGGACUGGUGGAGGAAGGCAAAAUAUGUUUCAAUUUGAUGAGGGUGAAAUAUGGUCAUGAACCAGAUCCAGAGCACUAUGCAUGCUUAAUAGAUAUCCUAGGUCGAGCUGGUAAUAUAGAAGAAGUAUGGUCUGCAUAUCAAAAUAUGAUUGAGCAGGGUACUAGGCCUACUGCAGGAGUAUGGAUAGCAAUGUUGAAUGCUUGCAGUCUUAAUCAGGAUGUUGAAAGAGGUGAAUUUGCUGCGCAGCAUCUCUUGCAAUUGGAACCCAAUAAAGCUAGCAAUAUUGUGCUUGUAUCAAAUUUUUAUGCUGCUAUUGGUAGGUGGGAUUUGGUUGAUGAACUGAGAAGUAUAAUGAGGAUAAAAGGUUUGGUCAAGGAAGCUGGUAACAGCUGGAUCAAUGUCUUGGGCUUCAAUCAACAUGCUAGGUCACUAUCUGCUUGAUUGUUCAGCUAGACAAUUGGGUAGUGUGGGCUUUGCUUGCCAAGCUCAAAACAGUCAAUAGCUAAGUCAACUUGGCAUUGUCUACAUAUAAAAGCACCCCUCACUCUUUUAGAUCAUUUGUUAGUGGUGAGUGUUGACAACAAGUUAACCAGUAAAUAUCUCAUUUCCUGUUCCUCCAAAACCUCAUUUUGCUGAUCCUUCAAUUUUUUUGUUUCCCGUUUGCUCAAGCUUUCUUCCUUCCUCCUUAAAUUAGUUGAUGAAGUGUU